AUAAAUUAAUAUAAGCUAAAUGGCUCUGGUGGAUUAUGGUGGCAGCAGCUCCUCCGCUUCUGAAGAUGAAGAAUCUGCGGAAAACACUCAAGCUCCAACAUUAAGCAUCCUUAAAAGACCUGCCCUGCCCACAGCUGCCGCUCUUUUGGGUCCCAAGAAGCAAAAACCAGACGAGUUUGAAGAUGAUGUGAUAGAUGAUCCAUCACUACAUGGCGGUCGCAUCCGAAGUUUUAAGCACGAGCGAGGAAAUUGGGCCACCUAUGUCUACGUGCCGGCAGAUGCCUGUUCCGACCAACUGGAGGAGUUCCAAGCCGAAGCCAUUUCCCAUUUGGCCCUCGAGUUGGAACUCCAGGCCAAUGACUCACUUCACUUAAGUCUGAGCCGCACAGUUGUGCUCCAAUACCAUCAGAUAGAUGAGUUCUCCCGAUCUCUGCAACAAGCUCUUAACAGCUCCACGGGUUUUGCUGCUAGUUUACAAGGUCUUCGAAUUUAUACAAACGAAGAGCGGACCAGAACCUUCAUUGCGGCUCCUCUGGAUGCUGCUUUUGUAGAAAAAAUGACUGCUAUUCUGCAACCCAUUGAUCAGGUGAUGCUUGACUACCGGCUGCAGCAGUUCUAUGUUCCAGCUUCUUUUCAUGUCAGUCUCCUUUGGUGCGUGGGCGAUCAGGAGAAACUGCUGAAUAGCAAACUGAAAGAACUGCAGGAGCUGCUUGAGGACCAGGACACUCUCAGUUUGGCCGUCAAUGAAGUGCACUUAAAGUGCGGUAACAAAGACUUUACCUACCUGCUAAAAUAGGCAGCGGUUUUUAAUGUUCAAAAAUUCAUAUCUUUCUUUUGACCAUGGUUCCUAGAGUGAAUAAGGAGCAAUUUGUUUUAUAUUUAUGAUUAGCAAAUAUGAAAUUGUUCUUUUAUAAAUAAAUAUCUUAUUAUGAGCAGCAAA